GAGUAAAGGACCCACAAGAACAUGAGAGUAAGUGAGAGAGUAUGCUUGUGGGUUGUUUAAUCUUUCUUAGCUGCCGUUUAUACUUUAUACUUUACCCAUUUUAUAGCGCUCAUAAUAAAUUGAGCUUGAAGAGUUGUAUUUUGGAAUCUUCUGGUGGUUAAAAGGAAAGUGGAUGUGUCAGAGGAGUUGACCUAAAAUUUCCCAAACAGAGAUUUUUUGGGUUUAUUCACAAGUGGGGGCAUUUAGUAUAUUUGCUACAUUGGCGUAUUAGUGUUUGGAGUGGUUUCAAUGAUCGAUUUGAGGGUUUUGUUGAGUGUUUUUGUUAACAGUUGGUGUCUUUGAGGAUUGGGUGUCUCCAAUUUCUCCAUUCGUUCAAGAAUUUGAGAGAUUGGGUUUCGAGGUUGAAGAUUUUGAUUUUUGUGGGUGAAAUUGAGGAAGCUUAGGUUAGGAGUAGCACUGUGGACUGUGGAGAGAUGGCUUGUAUGAAGCUGGGAUCAAAAACAGAUGCGUUCCAGAGGAAAGGGCAAGCAUGGUUCUGCACAAGUGGUCUCCCAAGCGAUAUUGUUGUUGAAGUUGGGGAAAUGUCCUUCCAUCUUCACAAGUUCCCGUUGCUUUCAAGAAGUGGAGUUAUGGAAAGACUUAUUGCAGAAGCAUCGGAAGGAGAAAAUGGUUGUAUUAUUAAACUUCCUGAUGUUCCGGGUGGGGAUAAAACGUUUGAGCUAGUGGCUAAAUUUUGUUACGGGGUAAAGCUCGAACUUACUGCAGCAAAUGUUGUGUACCUUCGGUGUGCUGCCGAGCAUCUUGAGAUGAGCGAAGAGUACGGGGAGGGGAAUCUUAUUUCGACGACUGAAAUGUUUCUAAAUCAAGUAGUUCUACGUAGCUGGAAAGACUCUUUGAAAGCACUCCAAUCGUGCGAUGAUGUUAGCACUUAUGCUGAGCAACUCCAUAUUACGAAAAGGUGCAUCGAUUCGUUGGCUGCAAAGGCGUGUACUGACCCUAAUCUGUUUGGAUGGCCAAUAACGGAGCAUGGUGGGCCCAUGCAGAGUCCCGGUGGAAGUGUGUUGUGGAAUGGAAUAAGCACUGGUGCAAGGCCCAAAAAUUCAAGUUCAGAUUGGUGGUACGAGGAUGCGUCAACAUUAAGCUUACCUAUUUAUAAAAAACUGGUUUCAGCUAUGGAGUCUCGUGGCAUCAAAGAGGAGAUAAUUGCCGGUUCCCUUACUUAUUAUGCGAAAAAGUACCUACCCGGGGUAAAUAGACGCCAAAGCACUAAUGAAUCCAGUAGCCGUCUUGGAUCAAUGAGUCUGGGAUCCUCACUAUCUGAAGAUGAGCAGAAGGUUUUGCUCGAAGAGAUAGAUAGCUUACUUCCUAUGCAAAAAGGCCUAGUCCCAACCAAAUUCCUCUUUGGUCUUCUUAGAACUGCUAUGAUUCUUCGAGCAAGCCCCUCUCGGAUAUCAAACUUAGAGAAAAGGAUAGGGAUGCAGCUUGACCAGGCCACACUCGAAGAUCUCUUGAUGCCUAAUUUCUCUCAUUCCAUGGAGACAUUGUACAAUGUUGACUGUGCCCAAAGGAUUCUUGAGCACUUCUUGGCAACGGAGCAAGUGGGUGGCGGUGAAUCGCCUUGUUCAAUUGAUGAUGCACAACUGAUGGGGUCCCCAUCACUUACACCGAUAACUACGGUAGCUAAACUAAUCGAUGGAUACCUUGCCGAGGUUGCCCCAGAUGUUAAUUUGAAGCUUCCCAAGUUUCAGUCUCUUGCUGCUGCUGUUCCUGAAUAUGCAAGGGCAUUGGACGAUGGUCUUUACCGUGCAAUUGACAUUUAUCUCAAGUCACACCCUUGGUUGGCAGAAUCCGAGAGGGAGCAACUCUGCCGGCUAAUGGACUGCCAGAAGCUGUCGUUGGAAGCAUGCACCCACGCGGCGCAGAACGAGAGGUUGCCUUUGAGGAUUGUCGUCCAAGUCCUCUUCUUCGAGCAGCUGCAAUUGAGGACAUCGAUUGCCGGCUGCUUCCUAGUGUCGGAAAAUCUCGAAGGGUCGAGGCAGUUGAGGAGCGGUAUGGUGGGAGCAGCAGGAAACGAGGGAGGCUGGGCAACAGCCGUAAGGGAAAACCAGGUAUUGAAAGUGGGAAUGGAUAACAUGAGGCUGCGUGUCUCGGAGCUAGAGCAGGAGUGCUCGAACAUGAGGCUGGAGAUCGAGAAGUUAGGGCGAGGAAAGGGAUCUAGCGCGUGGGGAAAUGUGUCCAAGAAGUUCGGUUUCAAAUUGAAGUCGCAAAUGUGCAGUGCUCAGGAGGGGUCUGUUAGCAACCAGAACAGCACAAACAAUAAUGUCAAGGCCAUAAAGGCUGGGAAUGCCAAGGAAAAGCGAGGAAAACACCACAAAAAUGUAUCUAUAGAUGAAUAGCUGUUUGUUAGUUUCAAGAUUAGUUUCUUUCUUGUUCUUCUUCCUCGUCUAGUCUUAUUUGUCUUGUCUUUGCCAUGUAAUUUCAUUAGCUUUCUCUCUCUGUCAACUUAACAUCAAUUGUACUUUAUGCCAACUCAUAAACAUAAGAAAUCCCCCAUUCUCUUCUCAA